AUGCAUACUGUAGACGUUAUGCAAGCUAUGCUCACACUCUUGAUGGCAACAACAUGUCCUGAUUUUUUCUCUGCUCAAGAGCUGCAAGCCGGCCUUAUUGCGGCUGCGAUUCACGACUACGAGUACCCGGGUGUUGACAGCUCUUUCCUUGUUAAUAUUCGGCAUCCUAUGGCGAUCCGAUAUAGUGACAGCGCUAUAUUGGAAAAUCACCAUGUUGCCGCGGCGUUUGCCUCGCUGAGCGAUAUGGAUGUAAACCCUAUGGCGAACUAUUCGGAGGAUGAUUGGGUGCUCUCCCGGAAAAUGAUUAUCGAGAUGGUUUUAAUGACGGACAAUCAGAACCACUUUACUACACUGUCGGAGCUACGGUCGAAGUUAAAGAACUCGGCAUCGGAAUUCCCAAGUUG